GCCAUAUAAGCCCAAGUACCGGCUAAGGUUAUACAUUCCGGAUAUAGAUACACAAGACGAUCUCCAAACCAAGGAGAAACUGUACAUACAUAGUUAAUAUGUUCGACAAAGAUAAACUUCCCCAAAGGAUCGGCGGACCGAAUCGGCCCAAAUUGCUUAGUCAUACUAUCGCGCUCUUUCGGGAAAAUCGCCAUCCGCAUCCUGGAUCGAAUGCAGUUGGCAUUAUAAAAUGAUGUUGCCGUUUCGAAUAACUCUGCGGGGUGCAUCUAGUAUCCGCGCAUUCUCAACCUCACGAGUGCUCCGAUCAGACCUGUCUUAUCAGAUCUUUGGCCCUGACAAGGAAGAAGCAAGCCGGAGCCCAAUCGUUUUCAUGCACGGGCUUUUCGGCUCUAAGCAGAACAACAGAAGUAUUAGCAAAGCCUUGGCACGAGAUUUGAAGCGUCAAGUCUUUAUCCUGGAUCUUCGAAACCAUGGCCACUCGUUUCACUCGCAAGAACACACGUACACUGCGAUGGCCGAAGAUGUAGUCAACUUCAUCCAUCAGCAGAAGCUGAAGAAAUGUGUCUUGAUUGGCCAUUCUAUGGGCGCCAAAACCGCGAUGACUGUCGCCCUCGACUCCCCCAGCCUAGUCUCGGCGCUUGUCCCCGUUGACAAUGCCCCAGUCAAUGCUCCCCUGAAGGGUGACUUCGGCAAAUACGUUCAGGGCAUGCAGAACAUUGAGGCCCAGAACGUGGUGAAGCAGUCUGACGCAGAUAAGAUUCUGAAAGACUACGAGGACUCCCUUCCCAUUCGCCAGUUCCUGUUAACCAACUUGGUUCGUGGAGAGGAUGGAACCAUGAAGUUCCGUGUUCCUGUUUCGAUCUUGGGGGAUGCUCUAAGCGAGAUGGCCAAUUUUCCUUACACAGAACCUGGUUCUGUCACGUACAACGGUCCUACGCUGUUUGUCAGGGGCACGAAGAGCAAAUAUGUCAGCGACGAGACAAUUCCUGCCAUUAAAAAAUUCUUCCCCCAUGCCCAAAUAGCUGAUGUUGAGGCUGGUCAUUGGCUCAUUUCGGAAAAUCCUGAAGCUUUCAGACAAGAGGUUGUUACAUUCUUGCAAGAGACUCCUUGAACAUAUAAACAAGUAAUAUUAACAAUAGAAUUAAAAGGACGGGCUCUGGGUAUGUACGGACUCCCGUACCCAAGUGAGGUCAAAGAAAUGUGAAAUUUUCAGUGUAGUCCACCCAACUGAUGAACCAACGAAACAAAAAUAAGACCGGUUAACAGAAAGGUAUCCAGCGUUAAUUCGCACUACACAAAUAAUAAUCUCAUCAUCUUCGUAAUUGUAUGUCAGCGAGACUUACC